AUGAUAAUCAAAGCCAAACUUCGAAGAGAUCAUCCAAAUGCAAUAUUUCCAUAUUUGCCUACAAGAAACGGUAAUUUAGCUUCAUACAUAGCAUUCGUUCGUCAGCAUGGUUCAGUGAUCGAAGGCCGAUAUACAUUGGGAGGUGUAUCAGUCUCGGAUUACGAUUAUGUUACAUGUGUGUAUUAUAAUCAUCAUAAUAUUGAAAUCUCACGUUUACGAAUAAGUACAAAACCUGGUUUCUGCGACGUUACAAGCACUGGCAUACCAGAUGUAAGAAAACUAGAAAUGCUAGUCUAUGGUAUAUCGUCAUCUCCAACCGGUGGCUAUAUAUCACUUGAUGGUACAUAUGUACCGACGCGAGGAGUUUCAAAUUAUGGUAAUAUAUUCGGUUACAGAGACUCGGAAAUUUGUACUUCAAUGCGUGUUACUACAUUUAACAUGCCUAGUGAACAGAUUAAAGUCGAUUCGGCUACUGGAACAUCAACCUGGAGUAUCGUACCAAAGCGUUUAGAUUCAAGUUCUACAGUUCGAUUGGAAAAAGUUCUUGUCGAAUCAUCAAAUUCUAAUAUUGGAAUUACUACCGUUGUUCCCGCAGUUCAACAAAAUAACGGUCAACUUGUUGAAUUGAAUUCUAUUUCUGGUCAAGCAAAUUCGCCAAUUACAGAUUUUCCAACUGAUGAUAACAUCGAUGUAUUCUUUGUAUCAGUCACGAUGUUUCCAAGCUAUCCUGGUGGGAUAGUCGAUUCAAGUCAAGUAUCAGUAACUGUCGAUUAUUGUUCUCUCCUUGGAAACUCAAAUGAAUCACCGAAUGCAAAUAAUAUGUAUCCUUACUUUCUGCCAAGUAAUAUGGAUUCUAACAAUAACAAUUAUAAUCAACAAGCUCCUUUACCGUUUCGUUCACCCAUUCAGCAACAAAAUAUUGGUCAACCAUUCAGUGGUCUAUCAUCUUCCAACAUUUUUCAGUAUAUUUCAGGAUCAAACAAUGAUGCUAAUCAAGUCGAUCCACUGUCUAGUGCUUCAUGUAGACAAUCACAAUCGUUAACAAUGACUAGUAGUUCAUCUAAUGUCAAUGCUCAAGGUAAUAUUUGGCAGAUCAACAUCGAUCAAACAUAUGGUUUAUCUGUCAAAGUUGAUAGCCUUCGAGUUAAUACUGAAGGGCAACCUAUUACUGGAAUUGUUCUUCUCAUGUUGAUUGAUGCCAAUCAACAACAAAUUGGUCCAUUUGUUUCUCAAAUAAACGAUGGUAGCAUUUUAACAAUUCAAAAUCUUCCGUCAACAUCUAUUUCAACUCUCCAUCUUCAAUUUCCCGAUGGUACUGAAUCUUCUGGUUAUUCAGUAGAUAUGGUUCUCUGUCCACAGACACCUGCUGCAUCAUCAAAACGUCGUAAUCAUGGGUAUAAUAGUCGAUCAGGAGAAUCUAUACAGCAAAACUCGCUUAUGCAGUCACACCAGUUGAAACCAAAUCAUCAUCAAUAUCAAAUGUUACCAGUUUCACGAGUUCGACAGCCAUCACAAGUACAACAGCUUGGACAAGUUUAUCCACAAAGUCAAUUUUAUCAGCGCUCACCCUAUUCAAGACAAGCUGGUCAACAAUUUGCGCCAAUUCAUCAACAAGGUCAUUCUAGGAAACCACCACAUUUAGGACAAGGUAGUCAACGGCAAACACCAUGGCAACCCAAUCUAAUAGCAAAGCCAGGAAGUCCCCUGGGACUCUACUAUCCUCCGAAAGGAGCAGCACCACUACCUACUCCUGAUUUACAUAGACUUCAUUUGCAUAAUCCAAAUAACCAUAAACCAAAAUCUACUACAACUCCAAACUAUGACAAUCCAUUCGGUCAGAAUCCUAACAACCAGUAUGGCUCAUCUGCUCCACCUCUUACACCACAGAACAUGGAUGAUGAAAUACCAUGUACACUGUAUGUCGUACGUCCAGGCUCGCGUCGAAUCGUAUCAAAUACGACGAAUGCUGAACGUCUCGGUUUGAUUUUACAAGUACCAUCAAAAUCAGGCUAUAUGUCAAUACCUAAUAGCAUUAGUGUACGAAAGACUCCAAUUACUCGCCUAAGUGUCAACUAUUUGAAUACAGAUCGAAGUCCAGCAUCAAUGUCUAAUGGUAGUAUACUGCACUUUCUUGCAGCUCCUAAUGUAUCUGAUAUUACUACAUUUCCUGAACGCGUAUCUGCCGAAAUGCUUCAAGUAAACAUUGAUGGAGCUUUGACUCCAUCAUCACCACCUUCAUAUGAAGUACAUAUGAUAAUUUGUUAUGAGUCGAUGCCCCAAACACAGCAUCAACAAGCAACUCCUCAUCACCAAUUACCAAUGCAGACCGCUCCUCAGUUUCAACAAUACCCAACUCAACCAAAUAUACGGGCAACAUCGAUGAAUCAUCAUCCUAUGCAAUCAGUCCCAUAUCUACAACAGUUGCAAAAUAUGCAAAGGCAAUAUCAACACCCAAGCAUAGUAACAACAACAUUGACUACUAAUACAACUACAGCAGCCACAAAAAAAACUACCACUAGCCAUAAGAAUACUACACAUACGACCGGUGCUAUCAAUAUUACUAAUACUAUGCAUAGUACUAGUGCUGUUCAUCAUAACCAUAGUAUGAAUACUACUCAUAUUAUUAAUACUACUAAAGCCCAUACAGUGCAUAUUAAUAAUACUACGAAAGCUCAUGCAACACAUACUAAUCAUACUACGGAACAUCAUACAACACAUAGUAAUCAUACUACAGAACCUCAUACAACGCAUACUAAUAAUACUACCAAAGCCCAUACAAUUCAUACUACAACAAUAGCAACGACAAGCUCUUGCAGUUGUCAAUGUCAGUGCCCGCAAGGUGCCAUUCAACCUCAAGUUCAAGGUGCUACUGUACAGUAUCAGUAUAUACCAACGCUUCAUCAACAUAUUGGCCGAUGA